AUGGCCAAAAGGUGGAAACAACCCAAACGUCUAUCAGCUGGUGAAUGGGACUAUACGAUUCCUAUUCUAGAAAUAAAAUUGAAGAUCCUUCCAGUUCUUGGAUUUCUAGGUGGAGUAAUAUUUUCCUGUUCAAAUUAUUUCCAUGUUAUCCUCCAUGGUGGUGUUGGCAAGAAUGGAUCCACUAUAGCAGGCACCAGUGUCUUGUCACCUGGACUCCACAUAGGACUAAUUAUUAUACUGGCAAUAAUGAUCUAUAAAAAGUCAGCAACUGAUGUGUUUGAAAAGCAUCCUUGUCUUUAUACCCUAAUGUUUGGAUGUGUCUUUGCUAAAGUCUCACAAAAAUUAGUGAUAGCUCACAUGACCAAAAGUGAACUAUAUCUUCAAGACACUGUCUUUUUGGGGCCCGGUCUUUUGUUUUUAGACCAGUACUUUAAUAAUUUUAUAGACGAAUAUGUUGUUCUAUGGAUGGCAAUGGUGAUUUCUUCAUUUGAUAUGGUGAUAUACUUUAGUGCUUUGUGCCUGCAAAUUUCAAGACACCUUCAUCUAAAUAUAUUCAAGACUGCAUGUCAUCAAGCACCUGAACAGGUUCAAGUUCUUUCUUCAAAGAGUCAUCAGAAUAACAUGGAUUGAAGAGACUUCCGAACACUUGCUAUCUCUUGCUGCUGCUGUUUCAUGGAAGGAGAUAUUAAACAUUUGUUUAAUUUUUAUUUAAGUGUUAUACCUAUUUUAGCAAAUAAAAUAUUUCAUUGCUUAUAAA